AGAGAGAGGGAGAGAGGAGCAGGCGUCUGGAAUCUUCACCGCGAGGGACCAGGUAUCCCGAAAACCGCCUUUGUGUGGAGGUGCUUUGCCUUGCUUUUUAGCCCAGCCUUCUCCCCCCUCCCCUUCCUGUCCUCCAUUCCAAUCUUCCCUUCCCAUCGCACCUCUCCAAAGAUUCCACCUUUCGUCUCUCUCUCUCGAAGCCCAAACCCUCUCGAUCUAUAUUGCCCUCCUCUCCUCCGUUCAUCCCUCGCAAAACCAGACCCCCCGAUCAGCCCCCGAAAGAAGGUCGGACAAGCAAGAUGGCGGAAGAGCACCGGUGCCAGGCCCCGCGCCUCUGCGCGAACAACUGCGGCUUCUUCGGCAGCCCCGCGACGCAGGAUUUCUGCUCCAAGUGCUACCGCGACCUCCAGCUCAAGGAGCAGCAGUCCUCCAACGCCAAGCUCGCUUUCAACCAGACCCUGUCCUCCUCCUCCUCCUCGCCGUCCUCCUCCUCCUCCUCCUCCUCCUCCUCCUCGAUCGUCGAGCCGCCGGCCGCGGCCGUCGACUGUAAGGUCGCGGCCGUGGCCCUCGAGGCGAAGCCGGAGGGGGCCGUGGCGGCGGGGCGGCGCGCCGAUGCCGGCGGGUCGAACCGGUGCUCGACGUGCAGGAGGCGCGUGGGGCUCACGGGGUUCAAGUGCAGGUGCGGGAUGACCUUCUGCGGGUCGCACCGGUACCCGGAGAAGCACGACUGCGGGUUCGAUUACAAGGGCCUGGGGAGGGAGCAGAUCUCCAAGGCCAACCCGAUCGUGAAGGCCGAGAAGCUGGACAAGAUAUGAUUGGGAACAACCUUCUUUUCAUCGAAUUAUAUUUGUCGUCCAAGUUUAAAAACUUGAAUUGCAUCUGUGUGAUUUGGAAUUUGGGGAUUCAGUUGUCGUCGGGGAGGGGGCUCCGGCGGCCGCGGCGGCGGUCGGCUCUAGGGUCGGGCGGUGGUCGUCGGCCGGCGCCUGGUUGGUGGGGUAGGGUGGGAGUGGGGUCCGGUCGGUGGAAAGUCUGGAGACGUGUUGGUACGGUGGUGCAUGUAAAUUCCAUGAUACUCUAGUAAAUUCCUUGUCAUUUACUCUUUCGAUUAACGCGACAAUUAUUAGAGGUGGUUGGCGGAAAA